AUGCAUCAAUCAAGGCAAAUUUCAAAAUGGUGGCCAAUUAGUUUCUUUAUAUCUGCUGUUGUUUUUUUCAUUAUUGGCGGUGCACUUAUUGGCACUUACCUUUCCAACUCCUAUUCAGACUGCUACAGCAGCUUUUCCUACUACACCGACUACAGUGAUGACUACUGCGAGGGAAAUGACGGCGAAUAUUAUGGCGGGAUUGCAUGCUUUGCAAUUGGCGCGGUCUUGAAACUCACUGCGUGGAUCCUCCUCAUUAUCUUCUGUGUCAAGCGGCGUCAUGCUCAAAGGGCUGUUGAAUAUGUCAGUGCCCCUACUAUGCAGGGCCCAAAUCAACAGUAUGCACAGCCUUUUGUUGCACCUCGACCAACCUAUCCUGUUCCGGAGCCCGGCGCACAAUACGCCGCUCGAUCUUUGGCCUCUCAGUCACCGGUAUACCCCGACACACAGCAGACUACGCCAUAUCCUAAUACCCCUCCUCCGAAAGAGGCAACAGAGACAACAGUCAGAUUCUGUGGUCAAUGUGGAGCCUCGAUCACCAGCCCAUUCUGCCCGCAUUGCGGUACUCGAAUGAACGGCUACUGA